ACAGAGAGAGCACUUUGCCUGCUGUGUUGACACACUGGACGGAUAUGCGGCGAUGCUCUUGCGUGUGAACGCGUUUGCAGCGCUCUCUAAGCAGCUACGGGGACAUUUCGUCUCGGAUGAGAGAUUAGGAGGAGGAAGAGGAGGAGGAGGAGGAGGAAGAAGAAAAAGAAGAAGUGCGACCAGCAUCACAAAACACCGCUAUUAUCUUUUGGUCCAUCGCGUCUCCUCCUCGGUGGGAACGGCCCGUGGACUCUCACAGGAAGCCGGGGGCUGGAUUUGAAAACGUCGCAGGGAUGAACUGAAAGCUUGAUGAUGAAAGGAGGAAGAGGAGGAGAGAGGUGGAGCGAGCCCUUCCUGGCCAGGGAUAGUUUUUAAUAAGCAAAAAGCAGUGACGUCUGUGGAAAGGAGGUGAUGGCAGUGCUGACUGAGCUUCGCCACCGCUACUACCCGUUCCUACAGAUGGACACUCCCCUCCUGCACGCCUGAGCCUCCACUCGGUGCUGCUUCCUUUCCCCUCCUCUCCUUCUGCCUCCCCUUGCUCAUUUCCCACCUAUCUCCCUGCUCCAUCCUCAUCCAGCUGCCACUCGCUUCUCCUCCAUCCAUUUCCCCCCACGUUUGAAUUUCACCCGUACCUCUACAAUCUUUAUUAUGGCGUGCUACGGACACUCUCUAGACUCCCCGUGCACACUAGCCUUGCUGGUGGGCUUCCAGUUUGCCUUUGUUCUCUAUUUCUCCCUCGGGGGCUUCAGAGGCCUGGUGUCGGUCCUGGUGCACACCACAGAACCGGAGUUCGAUUACUCUCGACCUCACGACGUGUACACCAACCUCAGUCAUCUGGGAGCGCCGCCUCCCCCGCCUCGCAACUCUGGCACUGGACCCCCCGCCACAGGACCACCACUGAGAGACUGCCAGAUCCCUUCCCCACUGCUGGUCGGACCGGUGUCCGUCCAUCUUAACUCUCCUCUGUCCAUGGAGGAGAUCAGACAGAGGAACCCGUUAGUGAUGCCAGGCGGACACUACCGGCCUCCAGACUGUGAACCCCGCCACCACACAGCGAUAGUGGUACCGUACCGGAAUCGGCAGACCCACCUCCGCGCACUCCUCUACCACCUCCACCCCUUCCUGCAAAGACAGCAGAUCCACUACAGCAUCUACAUAGUACAGCAGUGGGGGAACGGUACUUUUAACCGAGCGAAGCUGCUGAAUGUCGGGGUGCGGGAGGCCCUCAGAGACGAAGACUGGAGCUGCAUAUUCCUGCACGACGUCGACCUGCUGCCCGAGAACGACCACAACACCUACACCUGUCACAAACAGUUCCCCACACACCUGUCUGUGGCCAUGGACAAGUUCAGAUACAGGCUGCCGUACUCACAGUAUUUUGGUGGGGUUUCUGCGAUGACCCCAGACCAGUACAUGAAGAUGAACGGCUUCCCGAACCAGUACUGGGGCUGGGGCGGAGAGGAUGAUGACAUCGCUGCCAGAGUUCGCCUGUCUGGCAUGAAGAUCAUGCGCCCUCCAGUGGCCAUUGGUCAUUACAAGAUGAUCAAGCAUAAAGGAGACAGAGGCAACGAACAAAACCCACGCAGAUUUGACCUUCUGAAAAGGACCAGACUCAACUGGCGCUCGGACGGCCUCAACUCUCUGACAUACGAGCUCCUUUCCAGAGAGCUGGAGCCUCUCUACACCAACCUCACUGUCGACAUCGGAGAAGACCCCCGUCUGCCCCCGGGGAAACUACCCGUCCUUUUGAAAACGACAACCCCUGUCCACCAACGUAGCACCAGCAAGACCGGGGGUGCAGCCCAACAGGAGAAGAGGCCAGAGAGCAAAGGGGCAAACAUGACUAAGGACAAGCCGGCCGGUGAAAAGACAGAACCUGCCCAAUCCAAGGCAGCAAAUCAAACAACACAGGAGAAGAAAGGUGUCGUAAAAUAGGACGAGGUAAAAAUAAAAGGGACUGCAUCACAUCUGUAGCAUAAAGUGGCUCACCCCCUUCAUUUUGAUCUUGAAGACAAAAUGGAGGAAAGCAGUGUAGAUCUGUUCUGUUGUGGGACAUGAAGUACGCCAGCUUUCUGUGCUCAGUGCAGGUUAGGGAUAGAUAGUUAUGCAAUGGAUCAAAUGAAGGAGCCCUUUUUUGUCUACAGGGGUGCAUUCAGGAACACGACCAAGUCACCUCUUGGUUUAUCUGAGGCUCAUGACUUAUUUGGGGCCAGGAGGAGAACGGUUUAUGACGCAGUUGUAUCCACGUAGAGGUCCAAAACAAACUAAAUGAAAAUGAGACAGCGACUGUAUAAAUCUCUGCUCUUUUCCAGACAUCGCAACUCGUAAGCAACCCAUCUGCUGCCAGCAGACCUGCAGCUUCAUCCAGUUUGCUCCCAAAAAAACUGCUGCUGUCAGUCGUCCACCCCACUCCACGGUGGGUUUGUGUUUCUGUGCCUUCUCUCUUUUAUGCGCAUUUUAUAGACUGGUGUAGUUGCUUUUAGACACUGACCUGGGGUUAAUUUGACCUCUCCUGCCUCGCAGGCAAAUGGUAGAAAGCAGGGAGGCUAAAGCUGAUCCUAGAUCAGGACAAACGAUUCGUUCCAGGACUGCCGUUUUUAUAUCUGUGUGCAUUGAUCAAGCGCUGACCAACUCCAUAGUUACCAGACAACUCUAGAGUUUAUAUUUCUAUAGAGAGACUUCUUUAUUUGUUUACGGAUUUGUUUUACUCGUCCUUCCUUACAGUCUGGUGCCUCUCUCUCUCUCUCUCUCUGACAUUUAGUUCCUAGACAAUCAAAUCAUACGGGAAGAUAAGUCUGUAUUAAACCACAUAAUAACAAAGUGAGGAAAUAUUAUCAUGACUAUCUUUACACCUGUCAUAUAAACAUAGACUUGGCAUGGUAGUUGUUGUCUAGUUUGACUAUACUCUUGAUACAUGGAUAGACCUGUGCUUCUGAUAUUAUCUGUGGUGUUAUUAUUUUUAGUUUAGAUUAGUCAGGUAUGGAGAAAAAAAGAAAACUUCCGGACAAUAUUGUAGGCGCGUGACUACACAUUUGCCAGAUUGUAUUUUAAUUAUAGACCUUUUCAUUGCCAUUCUGUUGCUAGGGCAACAGCUUUGGUCCGAGUUUACUUCCUGUCAGCUACUGCAGGAAAUACCAAGGGGCCCACUUAGAAGGUUUAUGUUGUCAGGUUUGAAAGGUCUAUGAAAAGAGGUCAUAGUUACAAUAAAGCACUGUGUAUAGAUCUAGGUCAGCUUUUUACUAGAAGGCUUGAUGUCUUUCAGAGGGUCUCGGUAUACUAUGAAAGACCCUGGUGCAUCUAAAAGCUAUAAAUGAGUGUCUGCCUCUACUUGUCUGUCACUUUUGUAUCUCGAAGGAAAGGAGAGAAGGACGAGGGAAACACGUUUAUUAGUAGGGCUGUCCCGAAUACCGUUUUUUGGGCUUUGAAGCUUCACUGACAAAUAUUCGAAAGCAUUUGAAGCUUCGCAGCGGAGCGCAGCAGGCUGACAUGUUCUUCUGUCUGUCUGUCUCCAUCUCCCCCGCUUCAGUACCCGAGACAGUGCCGUCUGAGAAUAACUAAUAAUAAUUAAUGUUGAAUAAUGAAAAAUGUUGUGGGAUUAUUCCUUAUUUCAUGGGCCAUUUGGGGAU